AUGAGCACACGAGGGCGUCCUGUGGAUUUCCGUUCGGAGUGCAUUCUGACACCGAGUUCCAAGAGGCGCGAAUCUAAUCGCAAGCUCAGCGUUCUAUCGCGUCUUUCGAUGUUGCAGUCAAAGCGGCAGGUGGCCAAAGCGGUCGUCUGCUUGGGUCUUGCAUUUCUGAUGCUGUACAUAAUGCAGGUGACAAUCUCGUUCCUGAAGCAUUCAAGCGGACUGGGAGCAGCAGUUUUCCUUAGCACGGUGAUCGCUUCGUUAGUAUUCCUGCCAGCGGAUCCCUUCUAUCCAGCGUUCAAAUACGGCUGGCGUCUCUUCACCGGCAUGAUGAUUUUCUGCAUUCUAUGCAAUAUCUAUGCUCUCUUGUUCAUCCAUGACGUGGACACGUACACAAAGGAGAUCCAUAGACUGUUCCCUCAGAGCAAGCAGAUCGUCAACUCGCGAACCGAGUACGGCGUCGACUGCGACCCACUGACGUGGCAGAAAAUCUACGCCCAUUUGGACAUUUUCGCCGUCGCUCACUUGGUAGGAUGCGCGUUCAAAGCGGUCAUAUUCCGUCAGUACGAAAUUCUCUGGAUCUACAGCAUCAUCUGGGAGAUCACCGAGUACUGUUUCGUACAUCUCUUGCCAAACUUCGCCGAAUGCUGGUGGGACCGCGUGCUGCUCGACGUGCUCAUAUGCAACGGACUCGGCUAUUACAUCGGAAUCCAGUUCUGCAAGAUGAACGGCAUCCAGAUGUACGACUGGCAUUCGCGAGAGGUCACCAACAAAAUCCGAAGCGUCCUUGGCCUGAGCGUCGAGGACGGUCACGGCUCUCCUCCGGCAACGAUCAAGCAGCCGCAGGUCGUCGGCUCCACGCCGCCUCCGCCGAUGGGCGCGACGACUUCAAUACAGCCCGAGUCGAAAGCAUCGCGGAUAUCGUCCGACGGUCGACUGUCGUUAUUUUCGGCGAUAUCAUUGGGUUUCUUCGUGGGCCAAACGUCGGAACUCAAUACGUUUCUGUACAAACAUUACUUCGGCAUACCCCCGCACACUCAUCUCAUGGCGGCCCGGACGACGUUCAGCGCAGUUCUGCCGAUCCCGUUCAUUGCCAACCUAUACGCCAUGACACAGAACGCCCAACAGCCAUUCACGUUACACUCGAAACUCGUGCUGCUGAUCACAUUUACCGACACGUUGUUCUCGGCUAAAUUCGGCAUGUUCACCUUCGCCUACCUCGAUCUAUCGAUGGUGGCACUGUGGAUCGUUUCGAUUGUUUGUUUGAGUUACGUCUGCAUAGCGGCCAGGAGUGUCCGCGCCGUAGUCGUCACGUGUCUACCGGCGGGAUCGGGUCAGCCGGCCGGCUCGCCGCCGGUCCCCUCGACGACCUCGCACUGUGAAGAUCCGGCCCGUUUCCGGCCUUGCCUCACUUGA